UUUUGGGUAGAAAAAAGGUACAUUAACUUUCCUUUUCUUACAUCCUUCUUCCACCGUUUUCUUUCAUCCCCUUCUAACUAAACACUGCUUAAUUACCUUUAUCUCUGUAAGUACAGUACAUGAACGUCUCUCAAAUCUAAAGGCUGAUUAGAAACAGAGAAUUGAAUCUGCAAAUUAAAAGAAUAUAUAAAACGGGUGGUGCUCUUUCAAUGGAUGCAACUCUCUCUAGUACCUUCUUUUAGUUUCUCUUUCUCCUUCUGUCAAAGCUUUUAAUUUUUAGGGUUUUAUCUUCUCAGCUACAAAAUAUGUUCCCCUCCACCAUUAAUGCUACCAUCAAUCCAUUUCCAUAUCUUUCUUCUUUUUCUUCUUACAAUCCUUCUCCUUUCUUUCUUAAUAACCAUGAAGCUACUACUUCUACUGAUGUUUUCUUUCAACCCACAUUUUCUUUGUUACCAAACAAUCCUUUAACUAGUUCUCUGGUGAGCACUGAAACUUUAUCAAGUAUCAAUGCCAAACAAGACAUUAAUUGUUAUAAUAUCGAUCAAAUCGAUGGCGAAUCUUGUUAUAAGCAGUCGCAGCAAUUACAGCAACAGCAGCCGUCUUCUUGCGUCUUUGUUUCUGCCAAAAAACCCUUAAAGAAAGAUAGACAUAGCAAGAUUCACACAUCACAAGGUCUUAGAGAUCGGAGAGUCAGAUUAUCUAUCCAAAUCGCUCGUAAAUUUUUCGAUCUUCAAGACAUGCUAGGGUUUGAUAAAGCAAGUAAAACCCUAGAAUGGUUACUUUCCAAAUCGAAAAGAGCAAUUAAAAGGGUAGCUCAUAAAAGAAGUUCGCCUUCUUCUUCCGCUUCUUCUUCUUCUACCUGUGAAGCUUUAUCACCUGAAAAUGGGGAAAUAGCAAUGGAAGAAGGUAUAGUUUCAACUGGUAAAAAUGAAAAGAAGGCCAAAAAGCUCGAAAAAUACACGACUAAUUUAGCCGCGAAAGAGCUGAGGGUAAAGGCAAGAGCAAGAGCAAGAGAAAGAACAAGAAUUAAAAUGUUGAACCAGUACUUAUUAUCGAAUGAUGAAUUAGUAGAUGAAUUACCUGAUGCAAAAGAAAAUAAUAUUAUUGAAGAGUCAAUAGCUAUUGAAAGAAAGUUGAAGCCAUCUUCAGUGAUGGGUUAUCAACAAAAUCUUUUAAUGUUAAGAGAUUUAACUUGCAAUAAUUCCAAUUAUAACAACCUCAAUUUGCCCAAUUUCACUUCAAAUUGGGAAAUUAAUAAUGCAAUUGCACGAUCAAGCUUCUGUGCUAUCACCAACAUGAAUAGAUCUGCAGGACUUCAUCUUUAUGGUAAGCUCCGAGAGGCUGAAAAUGGUAGCCAAUGUCUGCACUAAUUACACGUGUUAUGAGCAUAUUAAAGAUGUAAGCCUUAUUAGUUCUCUUCUUAGUAUCUCUUGAUCAUAUAUAGCAGAAUUAAUGAUAGGAGAUAAUUAUAAUCACUUGAUUUGACUGUGAUUUACAUAUCAAGACUUUUAUCCCUUGAUUAUGAUUGUCUCUUUCAAUUUUCUUGGAUUACAUAUAAUUAUUAAGUCUUUAUUUAAUUAAAUCAAACUGUACAUUUUCAUA